AUGCGCGCAAACCUUAGUGGUGUUCAGCGAGAUCAACCACUUGUUCUUGAUACCGCCGAUUACUAUGCACCAACUUGUUGCUCUUUCAAGCAAUCUUUAGGAAGUAGCGCUAUGAAAGGCUAUGUUUGUUCUCUGAUCAUUUUCCACUUCACGAUAGGACAAAAUGUUGUGUACGAUGCCCGAAACUGCGGCAUAACACGAAUAAGAAACCACGCACGAAGUCUAUUUGGAACAAGAUACAGACGUUCUUUGAAUGACAAUUCAACUGCUGAUGAUGAUGAACUCCAUAAAGGGUUGAAUGAGAAUGACGUUCAGGACGAUGACGAAAACGAGUUUAUGCAGGAAAAGGUUAUGGGAGGUAGACGAGCUGAAAGAGGAGAACUUCCUUGGGCAGUUUUCUUACAUACUCGAACAGAUGCAUGCGGGGGAACGCUGGUUUCGAGAAGACAUGUCAUUACCGCAGCUCAUUGUUUUUGGAAGUCGAAAGAGAAGGGAAUGGGGUAUUGCAGUACCUCAAACAUGUACCGUCUGAAAGAUGCGAUACAUGACACAGAGGUUUUUAUUGGUGGAACUUGCUCUUCAGCAGGCAGAUUUGGCUGCACUAAGUCAGAUAUCGGCCGAAAGUACAAAGUUGCGCGCGCAUUUUACUGGAGUUACUUCAUGUUUGGCUGCGGAGGAACUCAUGAUAUAGCUAUUCUUGAGUUGACAGAAGAUGUUCCGAAGACGAUUAAUCAUAUCUGCCUUCCUUUUAUGCACCAUGUGGAAGAGCUUGAAGAUCCCUACCUAAAGCUAUGGUCAUUCGGAUGGGGAGUAGACCCUCUGAACCAUGCCGGGAAGUGCUCGCCGUACCUGCAGAUAGCGGAUUUAGGUGUGAAAUUGCCGAAAGAAACGUGCGACAGAAUGAAACGUUUUAAAGCAGAGGAUACGUUUUGCACCAUUUCCAGUAAACAACCUGUUUGCCAAGGUGACAGCGGUGGAGGCCUCACUACGAGAAUUCGUGGAAGAAGUUACUUGAUGGGAGUAGUUUCUUAUGGACCAGACUGCAAUAGCAUUUCUGCUGGAAAGAUAGACCGUCAAUCCUUGUUACAGGUUCACACUAAUAUCAUGUACCACAAGAAGAUUAUUGAAGCAUGGAUUCGGACUUCAUCUCGUGAAAAUAAUGCAGUUCUCCUGCACAAAGAUGCUUGGCUAAAUCUUCUGACUUCACCGUACUAUUACUAUCGUCCGUCCCAGCCAAUAACAGGCCGAAGACGGAAUGGAGCUAACUACUUUAAACAAAUCUAUUGAAUCUAUUUGAUAAAUUUAUCUGUUUUUCUCCGGCGGCGUAGAAAUAAACUAUCCUGCAGAUUA